GCGUGCGAAGAGCCAGCCGGCCAUGGCAGUGCUAGCUGCCGGCAGGAAGGGAGGCGAGUGCCGGGGGCGGCGGCGGCAGCAGCAGCAGCAGCAGCAGCAGCAGAGGCAGCCGGCUGGGGGCUUCUGAUUGGAGCCACCGCGUCCGGGGGCCAAGUUCGCCCGGGAGGCGGCCAGGAGUCUCGGGGACCCGCCGCGCAGGAGGCAGGGGAGGUGGAGAAUGCAGGCGAAGAAGUCCCGCGGCUCCUCGACGGGUAGCGGCAGCGGCGGCAGCGGCGGCAGCAGCGGCGAGCUGCAAGGGGACGAAGCGCAGCGCGCCAAGAAGCGGAAAAAGAAGGGCUCGCGCUUCGCCAGCAUCCAGGUCUUCCUGGUGUCCGAGUGCAUCCUGAUGCUGGCCCAGGGCACCGUGGGCGCCUACCUGGUGAGUAUCUUGACCACCUUGGAACGGAGGUUCAACCUCCAGAGCGCUGACGUUGGUGUGAUCGCCAGUAGCUUUGAGAUCGGCAACUUGGUCCUCAUCCUUUUCGUGAGCUACUUUGGUGCCCGGGGACACCGGCCACGUUUGAUAGGAUGCGGAGGAAUCAUUAUGGCUUUGGGAGCCCUACUCUCUGCCCUUCCGGAAUUCCUCACCCACCAAUAUGAGUAUGAAUCUGGAGAAAUCCGAUGGCGGGCUGAAGGGAGGGACGUCUGCGUAGUCAACGGAUCGACUACUGACGAGGGACCAGAUCCUGACCGUAUCUGCAGGAGCAGGACUGCUACGAACAUGAUGUAUUUGCUUCUCAUUGGAGCACAAGUCCUCCUGGGAAUUGGGGCAACUCCUGUGCAACCUUUGGGAGUCUCCUACAUUGAUGACCAUGUGACGAAGGAUUCUUCACUGUACAUAGGGAUCCUGUUUACAAUGCUGGUGUUUGGACCGGCAUGUGGAUUUAUCCUAGGAUCUCUCUGUACCAAAAUCUAUGUGGAUGCUGUCUUCAUUGACACAAGCAAGCUGGACAUCACCCCUGAUGACCCUCGGUGGAUUGGCGCAUGGUGGGCUGGCUUCUUGCUCUGUGGUGCCUUACUUUUCUUCUCGUCUCUCCCGAUGUUUGGAUUCCCACAGUCCCUGACCCGCCGGCCGGAGCACAUAGCAGAGGUAGAGGAAGCCAUGUUGCCAGAAGGGGACUAUGAAAGGCCAAAGCCAAGCAAUGGGAUUCUCCCACCGCACUCCAUGGAAGCCAACGAUGAUCCAUCUUGCUUCCAGCAGCUGAGAGUGAUCCCAAAGGUAACUAAGCACCUGUUGUCCAAUCCGGUGUUCACCUGCAUUGUUCUUGCGGCUUGCAUGGAGAUCGCAGUGGUGGCAGGUUUCGCAGCCUUUCUUGGCAAGUACCUAGAACAGCAGUUCAAUCUCACAACGUCAUCAGCCAACCAGUUACUAGGCAUGACGGCUAUUCCCUGUGCAUGUUUGGGCAUCUUCCUAGGAGGCCUCUUAGUGAAAAAGCUGAGCCUUUCUGCCCUGGGUGCCAUACAGAUGGCCAUGUUGGUCAGCCUGCUUUCCACGGCGUGCUACAUUUCUUUCCUUUUCCUGGGCUGUGAUACGGGACCCGUGGCUGGCAUUACUGUUCCCUAUGGAAACAAGUCCACCAUCUCCAGCUUGGCCCCCUAUUCUGCCUGCAAUAGCAACUGUAAAUGUCAAAUGGAUUCCUUCACUCCAGUCUGUGGGACCGACGGGAUCACGUACUUAUCUGCCUGUUUUGCUGGUUGCACCAACAUGAAUCUCACCGGUUGCACCUGCCUCACCUUGGCCCCGGCCGGGGAUACCACGGUCGUUCCUGGGAAGUGCCCCAGCCCUGGAUGCCAAGAAGCCUUCCUGACAUUCCUCUGUGUGAUGUGCGUCUGCAGCAUGAUUGGAGCCAUGGCCCAAACUCCCUCCGUCAUCAUCCUCAUCAGAACUGUGAGCCCGGAGCUCAAAUCCUACGCUUUAGGAGUUCUCUUCCUUCUCCUCCGAUUGUUAGGCUUCAUCCCACCUCCCCUGAUCUUUGGAGCAGGAAUUGAUUCCACCUGCCUUUUCUGGAGCACCUUCUGUGGCGAACAAGGAGCAUGUGCCCUCUAUGACAACGUUGUCUAUAGGUACCUGUAUGUGAGCAUCGCUAUUACCCUGAAGUCACUGGCGUUCCUCCUUUACACCACAACCUGGCAGUGCCUGAGGAAAAACUAUAAGAAAUACAUCAAGAACCAUGAAGGCGGGCUCAGCACCACUGAGUUCUUUGCCUCCACAGUAACCCUGGACAACCUUGGACGAGACCCCCUUGGCCAGAAUCCCUCUCACAGGACAAAAUUUAUCUACAACCUUGAAGACCACGAGUGGUGUGAAAACAUGGAGUCUGUUUUAUAGUGGUUGGAAAGGUGGAUGGUUAACCCAAAGGUCCUUUUGGAAGGAAGAUCUUUUAUGAAACGUGUAAUAUAUCCAUACGAAGAUGUUUCGGGAAGUCUACGCAAAACCGAGUCCACCGCUCUCUCAAUAUCUUAUCAUGACGUUCCAGGAGUUUCUCCGGAGGAAGAAGACAAUUCGUCCUUGGCUCCAAAGCAGAUGAACCAAGGCAAGGGGAGAAAGUGUAAAGACCAAUCUGGAAUGAGAAAUGGGGAUACCAUAAGUGCAUCAAAUGCCUUGACUGGAGACGUAACAGAUGGGCAAAGCUGCCAGCGUUUUGGGGACCUGGUCUUUCAUUGGAAAACAGAGCAGAUGUCUUGUCCUUGGGUGGAAAGACAAAUUCCAUGAAAGACAAUUCCCAGCCAGGGGGGUGGGGGAAGAGCAGAAGCAAGCCACAGCUGUUUCCAAAAAUAAGUGCUAUGCGAAACUGAAGCAUCGUUGGAGUAAUCUUUGCAAUACAAGCUUAAAAGACGACCACAAGGGUGCUAUGCAGUUCCUUUUCACGCUCUCCAUCUCUUGCUCUCUUAUACCACCGGAAGCCCUGCUAGAACGGCUUCACCUUUAUGGUCUCCAGCUGCAAG